AUGCGUCUCAUCAAGAACAAAAUCGAGCAAAAUGGCUCCGGGAUGGUCACUCUGUGUCCCGAGGAGCCCGAAGAUAUGUGGCACGCAUACAACCUAGUCCGACCAGGCGACGUCCUCCGUGCCAGCGCCAUUCGCCGUGUGACAACAACGCAAGAUACAGGCUCCACGAGCUCCGCGCGUGUACACCUCACGCUCGAAAUCCGCGUGAAGAACUUGGACUUUGACCCGCAAAGCUCGCAGCUGCACGUUUCGGGACAGAUCAUGAAUGAGACCGCGCACACGAAAAUCGGGCAAUUUCACACUCUGGACUUGGAGCUUAAUCGCAACUUUACAUUAGAGAAGGUGGUCGGCGCCAAUGGCGAGGGUGUUGGGUGGGAUAGUAUUGCGGUUGAGAUGCUCAAAGAUGCUGUGGAUGAGGGUGGUAAGCGGCGUGCCGAGGCCGUCGCUGUCGUCAUGCAGGAGGGAUUGGCGCAUAUCUGCUUUAUUGGGCAGUUCCAGACAAUAUUGAAGCAGAAGGUUGAGAUGUCUGUGCCGCGGAAACGGCAGGGUGGGGGCGAUCACGAUAAGGGGAUGAUCAAGUUCUACCGUGUGACAUUGGACACUCUUCUCCGACAGAUGGAAUUCAAUACCAGCAUCACAUCCGGCUCCAACAACGAAUCUGUACGGCCUGUUCUCCUUGCCUCCCCGGGAUUCGUUGCUGCCGGAUUCCAGAAAUACAUCCAAGCUGAAGCUACGUCAACUCCUGGUUUGAAGCGACUGCUUCCCAGUGUCGUGGUUGUACACUCGGCCUCUGGCUACCUAAACUCUCUGUCAGAGGUGCUCCAAUCCCCGGCAGUCAAAAACCUCUUGUCCGACACCAAGUACGCUCGCGAAACCAAGCUGAUGGAUGAUUUCUUGGAUCAGCUUCGAAAGGAGACUAACAAAGCGACCUACGGUCCACGCGAGGUUGAGUCUGCAGUUGACCAGGGUGCCGUUGGUCGCGGAGGCGGCAUUCUGAUCAUGUCCAACCGUCUAUUCCGAUCGCAAGAUAUCACUGAGCGAAAGCGCUGGGUAUCUCUUGUGGACCGUGUACGACAUGUUGAGGGCGGUGAAGUCCGCAUUCUUAGUUCCGACCAUGAGAGUGGGAAGCGUCUUGAUGGGCUGGGUGGUAUUGCCGCACUCUUAACAUUUCCCAUCGUUGAAGAGGACCUGGAUUCAGAAGAUGAAGCUUGA